AUGUCCACCAAAAGCAUUGCAAUUCUUGGAUGCGGAGGUAUGGGUUUGCCUAUAGCUCGCCGCCUUGGUGUUGGUCGAAGAAUAUUUGUUGCCGAUUUCUCAAAUGAAAUUCUCUCUGCGGCCCAGCAAUCCUUAACAAACGAUGGUUACAUGGUUGAAAUAAGCCAGGUGGAUGUGUCGAACUAUGAUUCUGUCAGCCGCUUUGCACAGGCCGCUGCAUCACAUGGACCCAUCGAAGCAGUUAUCCAUACAGCCGGCUUGUCCCCGUCCGCAGGUUAUGCGCAAAAGAUCCUUGAAGUAGAUCUUCUCGGCACUGCCAAUGCUCUUGAUGCUUUCCUAGAAGUGGCGCAAUCUGGAACGAGCAUGGUCUGCAUCGCGAGUAUGGCCGGUCAUAUGGGGUCAGUCUUGCCCUCGGAGCUAGAGUGUCAUCUCGCGACAGCGCCUAGAAAUCAAUUGUUAGAUCACGCCGCUUUAAAGAUUGACGGGGCCGAUCCUCAUGGUCCCGCACGGGCCUACGGUCUGUCAAAACGCGGAAACGUUCUACGCGUCCAGGCUUCAGCUAAAGCAUGGGGUAACGUUGGAGGGAGAGUCAAUUCUGUUAGUCCUGGAGUCAUCUCUACAAGCUCGGGGCGCCAGGAAAUCAAUGGCCCAGCUGGGAAAUUUAUCACUCUCAGCCCUGUUGGUCGCGUUGGAACGCCGCAGGACAUUGUAAAUGCUGUGUCAUUCUUGGCUAGUGCAGAGUCAUCGUUUAUAACAGGCAAUGACAUCCUCGUGGACGGUGGCGUGGUCUCAUCAUUAAAAUGGGAUACAUUGAAAGCCUGA